CACAGAGAGCGCUCGGUCCCCAGCUCAGUCUAGCCUACGCAGGCUCCCGAAGAUGUCGCAGGUCGAGGGUGACUACCCCUCGGUUAUCGAACUCAACGUGGGCGGCGUGUGUUACACCACCAGCCUGGCCACCCUCAGAAACGUGCCGGACUCUCAGCUGGCCGCCAUCUUCACAGGCAGACAACAGAUCAGCCUGGACGCCAAGGGGAGGUAUUUUCUGGACAGGGACGGGGUGCUGUUCCGGUACGUGUUGGAUUAUUUGAGGGACGGGGACGUCGUGCUGCCGGAUUGUUUCAGGGAGAGAGAGAGGUUGAAGAAGGAGGCAGAGAAAUACUGCCUGCCAGGUCUCGUGGAAGCCAUCCUCAGCGAGUCCCGCAGCAAACCCCCAGGAGUCAUCACUGUGGGAUACCGCGGGAGCUUCCAGUUCGGCAAAGAUGGCAUGACAGAUGCGAAAUUUCGAAAACUCAGUCGCAUUUUGGUAUCUGGCAGGGUUUCUUUGUGCAGGGAGGUGUUUGGAGAAAGUCUGAACGAGAGCAGGGAUCCAGAUCAUGGAAUAUCGGAAAGAUAUACCAGCAGGUUCUUCCUGAAGCACUUCUUCCUGGAGCAGGCCUUCGACAUGCUUUACGAUCAGGGUUUCAAGAUGGUGGGCAGUUGCGCUUCCGGUACAGCUGGCGUGGGGGAUCUCAAGCCUGGCACAGAUGUGGAAGAGAACCGUUGGAACCAUUACAAUGAGUUCGUUUUCGUCAGAGAGUGAGCCUUCUGUUAUCCAGAAGCAGUCGAAUUUUGUCUCAGUGGGUAUUCGUCGAGAUAUUGGAAAAAUAUUGAUAUUUCGGGGAGAAAAACGAUUGUGAAAUUUGUAGGAGUAACUUUAAAUUAGUUGAUGAAAUGUUCGAAAAGAACCUUAGCAAAGAACUGCUCCUUUACCAUUUCCUAUAAGUCUCAUUUAUAAAUGCAAAACUUUCCUUUCCUUUUCCGUCAAAGAGGUUUUUCCUCUAUAAUUUGGAUAGGUAUCGUUGACAAACUUUUACUCCUGAUUCAUCCCUUAGAUAAUGAUG